AUGUCUGACAAGAAUUCGGGCCAGGGCCCGGCUGAUGGCCCUGCCAAUCUCCACGAGGGCGAGGCCGCCGGAACGUUUGACACUGCCGGUCUCCGCGAAGCUCUGGAUGCCAAAGGCUGGGUCCAGCCGACCCCCUAUGAUUACGAUGCCCUUGGUGCCAAGGCCCAGCAUGAAUGGGACAGCAAUGCGGCUGUCUAUGAAUGGGAUGGUGAGGAGGGCGAAAUUGGUCCUGAAUAUCCCGAUUUGGAGAAGACGCUCUUUGGUGAGCCGGGCAAUCGUGGAGGCCACGGCAUUGACUUCAGCAAGAUCGCCUCCAUCGAGCUCUUCCAGGAAGGCCCUGUCCGUGUCCAGCCCAUUGCCAAAUUCGAGGAUGCUGGCCUUCACCCGGCGAUGUUGAAGAACGUUCAGAUGGCUGGGUAUUCGACGCCCACUCCCAUUCAGCGCUACUGUCUCCCGGCCAUCCACCAAGGCUACGAUGUGAUUGCCAUUGCCCAGACCGGUUCGGGAAAGACUGCCGCUUAUCUGAUCCCGAUCCUCAACAAGCUCAUGGGAAAGGCCAAGAAGCUGGCAGCACCCCGCCCGGACCCGGCCAAAUUCCGUCCGGGCAUUGACCCCCCAAUCCGCGCUGAGCCCCUUGUGGUCAUUGUUUGCCCGACCCGCGAGCUGGCCGUCCAGAUCUUCAACGAAGCUCGGAAGUUCUGUUACCGUACCAUGCUUCGCCCCUGCGUGGUGUAUGGCGGCGGAACUCGGAAGGACCAGGCAGCGCAGCUCCAAAAGGGCUGUGAUGUCUUGAUCGCCACUCCUGGCCGCCUGGUUGACUUCAUGGAUUCUCCUAACACCUUGACGCUCCGUCGCCUGCGUUAUAUGGUCAUUGACGAGGCCGAUGAGAUGCUCCAGGAUGAUUGGAAGGACGAGUUCAACAAGAUUCUGUCUGGUGGUGAGCAGGAGGACGGUCACAUCAGCUACAUGCUCUUCUCUGCUACCUUCCCCAAGGCCGCUCGCGAAUUGGCCAAGACCCAUCUGGCCGAGACCCACGUCCGACUGCGUGUUGGUCGUGCUGGCAGCACGCACGGAAACAUCAAACAGACCAUCAUCUAUGUCGAUCCAUCCAGGAAGAAGGAUGCAUUGAGGGACCUCAUCCAUUCGCUUCCGCCCACGCGUACCAUCGUAUUCGUCAACAACAAGCGAACUGCGGACGAGCUGGAUGAUUUCUUGUUCAAUCUUGGAUUGCCGUGCACCGCAAUCCACUCGGACCGCACCCAGAAGGAGCGUGAGGCUGCCAUGCGCGCCUUCCGUGCUGGAACAUCCCCCAUCUUGAUUGCUACUGGAGUCUCGGCUCGCGGCAUCGACGUCCGCAAUGUGAUGCACGUCAUCAACUACGACCUCCCCUCCAUGUCGCAUGGAGGUAUUGAGGAGUACACUCAUCGCAUCGGUCGCACCGGACGCAUUGGCCAUCGCGGUCUCGCGUCGUCGUUCUACUCGGACCGUGAUGAGGCGAUUGCUUCGGUUCUCACUCGCACGCUGCUGGAGACGAACCAGGAGGUCCCCGACUUUCUGAAGCAGUAUGAGCCGGCCGGUGCAGCGGAGGGAAAUAUCAAGUUCGAGACCGAGUCCGAUUUUGAUGAAACUGAAGUACCUGGCAACCCGGAUGCUGAGCAGGAGGGCACUGGCGGCGAUGGCUGGGGUGCUGUGGCAUCCGAGCCCGAGGAGCAGCCCAACACUGCCUGGUAA